ACUAAACGCGAGCUUGGCGGUAGAAUGUACUAAUGGUGGAUGAAACUGUUGCAUACGUUUAUUUGUAGGUAUUCUGUGCCAAUCUUCAACGCGCAGGUGUCUGCUCAACGAGCACAUCCAAAGGCUGCUGGGCAGUGCUUGUUGCGACACCCAUUAUGCACUGGGCCCAGAGCUUGGACUCGCCACACGGCAUCAUAUUCAUGGACUCUACAUCAUGUGAUGCAGAUGGUAGCACGGUGACUAUGCUACUCACGCCCACCAAAGCAGGGGCAAUGCCUGUGGACAUGCUUGUGCACAGUUCCCAAGCAAGGGAAGGAUACCGUGCUGCAUUUCAGCUGCUGAGGAACAGGAAUCCAUCACGCUUCACUGGCAGAGAGCUUUCAUGAAAGACAGUUCCCGAACAGAAAAGGAUUCCCUGUGUGACGUCCGGCCCUCAAUGAAACAACUGUUCUACAUAUUCGAUGUCCUGCAAGCAGAAUGACGAUGGCCAAUGUCUGCACGAAAAAAAAGGUGCCAAAAGAUGACCAGCACCAAAAGCUACCAAGCCCACAAGGUGCAGUCGACGGUCGUCGGUGACAUAUAGGUGCUUGCAGUGGUGAUGCCAACUUCGAUGGGGCUGUCCAAGGUGAAGUGGGGCAGGGGUGAUCCAGCCACGGUGUGCGCUACAGUGUUGGAGCAGUGGCGGUGGGGGAAUUGCUAGGGCCUGCUUCGCCACCGCCAUGCAGGAAGGGGCAGUUCGAAGAGGGUUCCAACUGAGGGACCGCCAGGCCAGGGAGCAGCAGGCGAACGACAGCUAUGAGGAACCCCUGCAUUGUUUGGAUCAACGGGCACAAGUGCUGCUCGUCUACGUCGUAUUUCAAGCCUACGCCCUUGACCAUCACCAACCGAACCAGGCUGGAUACACCGGGGUAGGCUUCGCGGGCUAUGCUGCGGCACCGGCACCCUACGGAAGAUAUGACGCCUAUGCCUCUCCACCUCAUCCGUACAACUUCGGCUACGACAAUGUGGACGAGUAUGGCAACCGGCAGUUCCGCAACGAACAAGGCGAUUUCAACAACGCCAAGACCGGCUCCUACGGUUAUCGAGACGCGAACGGUCUCUACCGCCGGGUCAACUACGUGGCUGAUGCGAACGGCUUCCGUGCCACCGUGGACACCAACGAGCCGGGCACCGCCCCUGGUGCCAGCGCCGACGCUGUGUUCAACGCUGCGCCAGUCGUCCCUCCGGUUCCUUCAGGAGCUGCACAGAUUGGUGCACCCACAGCCUUUGCUGCUAGGGCAGCAUCAGCUUACAACGCUGGCGGCUACAGUGGUUAUGGCAGAUACGGAUACAACCCCUACGCAGGCGCUGCUGCAGCCCAUGGUAACGACGCGUACGGAUGUCAGGGAUACGCUGCCAGCGGGCCAGCACUUGGAGGAUACGCUUACGGCGGCAGUGUUCCUUACGGCUACAGGGAUGCUGGCUAUGCAGCGAGUUACGCGCUGGGUGGCUACGGCGCUCCAGUUGGAUACGGAAGUUGGCCUUCUGCUCAUCAUGGACACCGCCGCCGUUAGUGAAAUCUGUUGCAGUGUGUAUGUAAAGUGUGCCUGAGCAGUUCGAUAUAUAGCCUCGUUCAAUGUGUAUACUCACAGAAGCCCAGUUGUGGAAAAGAAUAAAAACAUCAAAUUUCA